AUGAAGACGCGUGACUCGCGCGUUCAGUCGCCCACUAAACUAACUUCCACACGCGAUUCUUCUGCCUCCCACAUCUCAUUCAUUCAAUCCCUCCUGCCUCUUCUCUCCCACACACCUGUCAAUAUGUUGGAAGCACGGCUGGAGCAGGCAAGCCUUCUGAAGCGUGUCGUCGACGCGGUCAAGGAUCUUGUGCAGGACUGCAACUUCGACUGCAAUGACUCGGGCAUUGCCCUCCAGGCGAUGGAUAACUCUCACGUGGCGCUGGUGUCCAUGCUGCUGCGUGCUGAGGGCUUCUCUCCUUACCGCUGCGACCGCAACAUCGCGUUGGGUAUCAACCUGACCUCGCUGACCAAGGUCCUGCGGGCCGCCCAGAAUGAAGACAUCCUGACCCUCAAGGCCGAGGACUCGCCCGACGCGGUCAACCUGAUGUUCGAGAGUGCUGAGACCGACCGGCUAAGCGAAUAUGAUAUCAAGCUCAUGGAUAUCGACCAGGAGCACCUGGCCAUCCCCGAGACCGAAUAUGCGGCUACCGUGGAGAUGCCCGCGAUGGAGUUCCAGCGCAUCUGCAGAGAUCUGAACGCGCUGUCAGAGUCAGUUGUCAUCGAGGCCAGCAAGGAGGGUGUCAAGUUCUCGUGCACGGGUGAUAUUGGUAACGGCGCCGUCACCAUCCGCCAGCACACCAAUGUCGACAAGCCCGAGCAGAACGUCACCAUCUCCCUCUCCGAACCCGUCGCCCUGACUUUCUCCCUCAAGUACCUCGUCAACUUCUGCAAGGCUUCCAACCUGUCCAACUCGGUAAAGCUGCACCUAUCCCAGGAGGUGCCACUGCUCGUCGAGUACAGUCUGGGCAGCGGCCACCUGCGGUUCUACCUGGCUCCGAAGAUCGGAGACGAGGAGUAA